AUGGACAAGAGCAUGCAACAGGAUCGAAUGAGAAGAUGGGAAGAUUGUCUUUCGCCCGGUCCUAACUGCGACUGUGGUCGCCUGAAGACAUCCAUUCUUGAACAAUUGAUUCAAGCGGCUGACAUUUCUCAUACUAUGCAAGACUGGGAGAUCUAUCAACGAUGGAAUCGCAAAUUGUACAAGGAAACGACGUUUGCAUUUCAAUGUGAACGAGGGGCUAACGAUCCAUCAGACUUCUGGCAUAAGGGCGAGUUUGGUUUCUUUGACUUUGUUGUGAUACCGCUUGCAACUCGCUUGGCCCAGCAUCCAGUGUUUGCUAAGGCAGGGCAAGAGAUGCUCCGAAACGCAAAGAGGAAUCGUGAAGAAUGGCAACGAAGCGGGGAGACUGCGGUAAUGAAGUACCGGUAUGCUCAGUAA